GCUGACCCGGAAAUAAUUGGUUGGCAUUAGCAACGUUUCGGCCGAGCCAGGCCUGAAUACUGAAUACAGACAUAGCAGAAGAAAGAGAAACAAACAGGCAGAAAACACACUGAAGAACAGGCAAACUUCCCUGUUAAGCCUCACACUGAGAUUGUGAGGCAAGAGACUAUAACAGAAUGACAAGCUCCUCCACCCCUAGAAUGCACACGUACAAGAGGACGUCCAGCCCUCGAUCGCCAACGAAUACAGGAGAACUUUUCACACCAGCACACGAGGAAAAUGUGCGCUUCAUUCAUGACACGUGGCUUUGUGUUUUGAGAGACAUUAAAUCCCCACAACACAGUGAACGCAAUGAUCGUGGACCACAGGAGUAUGUGGAGAAAAACCCAAAUCCCAACCUACAUUCUUUUAUACCAGUGGACCUGAGUGACCUUAAGAAGAGGAACACACAAGACUCCAAGAAGUCUUAGACCAUUCCCUCUCUUCCUGCUUCUCCAGUUCCUCGUCCGCCCUUUUACAUUCGGGACCUUUUUACUCUCUCAGUCUUCUGCCGGCCCACAAAGAGCCACGAGCCGGGAUAUCGGGCCGCCCAACUCUCUUCUCUGCCUCGUGGACCCGUGGUCUGGACUUACAGGCUGACGUCUAUUUAUGAGUCACGGUUUCAGAGCCGUUUGAGCGGCCAUUCCCUGUUUUUCAUGCUCAUCCGGGCUCUCUGAUCUUGCUUUUUAUUAUAUUUUUUUGCACAUGGGGAUAAUAACAGACGGAUCUUUUUUCUUUCUCCAUGAGUUUUGUGUAGAUUCUUCUUCAUUUGCACUUUUUUUGAUGGUGAGAUGACAAACGGGAAAGGCACAGAACUGUUAAACUGUUGGAGCGACUCUACACAAACUUUCUCUGAAUGGGACGCAGUCCUGGGAUUUACUCCUUUUUUUUUAAACCAUCUUCAUCUCCCGCUGAGGAGUGACUGACUGUUGAGUUAGUAGAUUCAUAGAUCGAUCCAUCGAUUAGAAGAAGUAGAAAGCUUUGUCUGAUAGGACAGGUAUGUUUGGCUUCGGCAAAUAUUUUUAGUAGAUGUACCGCCAUUUUUAACUAUACAGCGAUUCCUCCAAGAACUUUUAAGUAGGCUUUUCCACAUCUUUCCUUCCCAGGCUUCAAAAUAAAAUGAAAAUAAAGGUUGCUUUUAUGCUAUGUCAGCA